CAGUUCGCCGAGAAAGAAUCGUGUGAUCGCAGGCUAAAAGCAGAGUGGCAUUUGAGUUUGAAAGGAACGCAAUUAAUAUCCUUUCCCUAGAACCUAUUAAUUUAUUUUUGUUGUUGUUGUUGUUGUUGGUUUAGGGUUUUAAUUUUGUGCCAGGUAACUUCAGCAAACAUUAUAUUUAAGCGGUCAUUUUCCUUUGUUUUGGCCUCGAGGGAAACUGGGGCUGGAGUCACGUGAUCCGUACAUUGAAUAAUAGACAACGUGAAAAUCUCUUCGGACGAUGUGUUUCAGAGAGUGAAUGUCAUCUGGAAUAUGAGCUUUCCGCUUCAAGCAUAGCGUGAGAGAGAGCAACCCCGGAAGUCGUCAAUUUCCUCGUUGGAGCCGAGCGCGCAACUCAGCGUUGCUCUCGCUAACAUGUCACUUCUCCGGAUGCCUCUUGAGGAGUUGAAUCCUCACAUUAUGUGUGCAUUAUGUGCUGGGUACCUUGUAGACGCUACGACGAUUAUCGAAUGCCUACAUUCUUUUUGUCGUAGCUGUAUUGUGAAGUAUCUUCAAACAUCUUAUCACUGCCCUGUUUGUGAUGUUGAAGUACACAAGACUAAACCCCUGCUGCAUAUUAGACCUGACCGGCCUCUUCAAGAUAUCGUCAACAAACUUGUUCCAGGUUUAGUAUACGACGAACUCAGUCGCCGAAAGGAAUUCGAAGAAACGUCAGAAAAAGAAAACCCUACAAACAUAGAUGAAACUGAAACAGUGAAGGCUGAGACACAAAAGAGAGACAGCGCCGAGGUGGAGAUGGAAGAUCCAAUAUUUAUCACGUUGGAAUAUUACAGGAGGAAAAGAAACUGGAAUGAACGCCAGAUCUUCCCGACCCGUUAUCUCAGAUGUCCGUCUGCAGUGACUGUCAAUGUGUUGAAGAAAUUCCUUGUCAUGAAGUUUGCCAUUCCUAAUACACAUCAGGCCGAACUCGUACGCUCUGACGAACUCCUCGACGACUCACUUACGAUGAAAGAAGUCUCACAGAUAUACGGACUGUACUCGAAAUCCUUUCUAGAUAUGCAGUACUCUUUCUUGGACGCGUGCCGCGAAGAUACAAAACGAAGCUCAGAGAGUGUGAAGGAAGAACCACGAAAAAAAUUUAAAACGUGUGAAAAAGAACAAAGCGAAACGAAAGGAAAAGACAGUUAUACGGUGAUAAAAACUGAACCAUCUGGUAUGGAAGAGAAACAAAAACUAGCCGAGCUGCCGGAGUGUGUGGCGUCAACCGGCGAACAGCACUUUCAAAACUGUGAUAUUUCUCUAACAUUUCCAGAGACUCCUCCAAGUUUUGAACUGGAUCCCUGCGAACAGGAGCUUUUGUGAAACAACAGAUUGGCUGCUAUGUGUUCUUAAGAGGUGGGAAAAGGCGAGACGUGUUCCAAUUCCUAAACAAAGGUGUUCACAAGCGCAUCAAGAAAGCUACAUAACGAGUGAGAUUGUCUCUCCGAUGCGGUAACAUGAAAGAAUACGGUCCCAUUAUCCUCUAUCCGAUUGUUCACUUGUCAGGACAACCUCAUGAACAUUACAUAUUGAGAAGUUCAGAAGUCGAUUUUUCCCACAUUUGCAUACUCAGAAGUCUGUCGCCAACUCUAAAUUCGUGCUCAUAAAACCUUCGAGAACAGAUCGCGUGAUCUUAGAGCGAGUGUUGUAAAAACAACGUGAGCUGUACAUGUGAGGUGGCAAAGACACGGGAAAGUGGAACUGGGGACGUACCGUAUCUCAUGAAAAAUUAUCUAUUUAUAUAUUUAUAAACAAAAAAAGAAAGCAUUGUUCUUAACCAUUGAGAUUUAUGUGAGCUUAUGUUAAGUUAAUAUAACCAUUUUCUCAUGUGACUAAUCUGCCAGUAGUCAUGAUGAGCUGGCCGUAUGUCGUGGCUGUACAGAGGAGUUAUUAGAUAAUAACAUGAGAGUAUAAUAUAUCAUAAAAGGUAAGAGAGUUCAUCCUCUCUUCCGGCCGCACUUCCAACGUAAUCAAGUUAUUUUUAGAUAUAUAGAACCCAGUCCUUUAGCGGAUAAUGGUACCACGCGCGUUGCGUGGAUGUUCUCGUGGAGAAUGCAAACGUGUCGAAAGCCGCUCGGGUUCUCGUCGCAGGGCGGUGCUUUAUUUCCAGACCUUCCUGGGAUUUCGAAAACUUGAGUUUUGCCCGACGUUACUAAUCGAACCAAAUCGAACUCAAUCGGGAUCAAUCGAACUUAACUGAUCGAACACCAAUCACGCCUGUUCUGAGUUGUGUCACUGUCUUACUAUUCAACCUCUCUAUCUAAUAACCAACAUGCACGUGCCAAAAAAAUAAGACAGAAUAAAAUAACCGGUAGGCUGUUUCGUGCAAACAGUAAUAAGAUAAUUGAAAAUGUUUAUAGUGCUG